AGCCGGAAAAAGUUCAGAUCUGCCUCAUUGACAUUUUCAGAGUUAUAUGGAGCCGUAACUAUGAACAAUACUUUGUGCCUGUCGGUCUUCUUGGCACUUGUUUAUGUAAGAGGAUUAGUUUGGGAUUUCUCGUCUGAAGUUUUGGUCAUAUUGAUUGUGUGCAUUGUUAUGGGAGUCUUUGCCAGCAUUCGCACGACUUUCCCCCUCUGGACGUCUUUCUUAGCUUUCCUGCUGUAUCCUUUCUCUCUAGUCCUUGUGUAUGUCCUUGACUACGUCUUUGGUUGGUCUUAGAUUCAUUUGGUUUCGAGCUACAAUAUGUUGAUUAAUGUAGAAGCCAUUUUUUGGCUUUUUAUCUGUACUUUUGAGACUAUAGUUAUUGUCUUCGCAAUUACUGUUGAUUAAAGAAGUGAAAUUAUCGCGACCCUAA